CCCUGUGGGAGCCAUGAGCCAUCAUCAGAGCUCAGCGAGUCCUGGUGACACCUUCAGUCAGUCUGCAUCUCCUCCUCCUCCUCCACACUGUCAUGCUGAUGAAGAAGAAGAGGAAGAUCUAAACAAGGCCUUUGAUGUUCAGGACUUUCAGCAGAUCCUUUGUCCUGCAGCUCGCAGCCCGCCAGAGAAACACAGAGUCUAUGAUGAACAGGACAUCGAAGAACACCGCCACUCUUCCCUCCAUGUCCAUCAUCCUCUUUCCAAACCACCCGCCGACAGCAGGAGGAAGAAAACUGCCGAGGGGAGGAAGGAGUGCAGGCGAGGCUCCGCCCCCAGCAAUGCAAGUACCAUAGAUGAAGACCAACAGGACGAAGAGCAUGGAAAGGAGGAGGAGGCCUACAGUCAAACUGAUGGCGAUGACCCGACCACCAUCUCGUCCAAUCGCAACGGCGCCGUGAUGAGCACCGCAGACGCCGACGAGUCCGAAACGUUGACGUCUGUGGACCUGGAUGGCAUCAAAAGUCACCGACUGGACGACGUUCCAGCCGUUCGACGUCACCUGGUGAGGCGGAGCUCCAGAGGGCCGAUCGUCCACGCCACCAAAGAUCCGACGGUCAGCUGGACAAACCAGCACCUGCGACCGGACCGUACACCUCAUGAGGUGUUCGUGGAGCUGAACGAGCUGGUGAUCGACAGGAACCAGGAGCUGCAGUGGAGGGAGACGGCUCGAUGGAUCAAGUUUGAGGAGGAGGUGGAGGAGGAGACAGAGCGCUGGGGGAGACCUCACAUUGCCUCCCUGUCCUUCCGUUCUCUGCUGGAGCUCAGAAAAACAAUGGCCCAAGGGGCCGUACUCCUGGAUCUGAAGCAGAAGACUUUACCAGGGAUUGCUCAGCAGGUGGUGGAGCAGAUGGUGAUCUCAGAUCAGAUUAAAGCUGAAGAUCGAGCCAAUGUUCUGGGAGCUCUGCUGCUCCGUCACAGUCACCCAAGCGAUGAGAAAGAUCACAGCUUAUUCAGCAGGAACAUCUCUGCAGCAAACAUGGCCAACCUUAUGGACAGACACAAUGGAAAAUCUGAACCCUGCAUCAACCUGACCAAUCACAAGGAGGCUGAUGGAGACAAGAACAAGAGAGAAGUCCCACAGCUCUGUCACUCCAGAUCCAAGCAUGAGGUGAAGCUAAUGGAGAAGAUCCCAGAGCGAGCUGAGGCCACUGUGGUCCUCGUAGGCAGUGUGGGUUUCCUGGACCAGCCAUCCAUGGCGUUUGUGCGACUGCAGGAGGCAGUUCUGCUGGAAUCUGUCUUGGAGGUUCCUGUGCCAGUUAGGUUCCUCUUCCUCCUGCUGGGCCCGCCCACUGCCAACAUUGACUACCAUCAGAUUGGACGCUCUAUCUCAACACUCAUGUCUGACAAGAACUUCCAUGAGGCGGCGUACCAGGCAGACGACCGUCAGGACCUGCUGACAGCCAUCAACCGCUUUCUGGACAGCAGCAUCGUCCUCCCGCCCUCUGAGGUCAGCGGUGACGAGUUGCUCCACUCAGUGGCUCACUUCCAACGAGAAAUGCUCAGAAAGAGGGAGGAGGAGCAGAGCAGCAAACUUCAGGAGAAACAGACCAGCAUUCAGCAGGAUGAAGGUGAGCCCCAGCUGCCCGAGUCCAAUUCUCUUGUUCCCUCCAAACCUGGUGAUGAGCCGUUGAGGAGGUCAGGUCGUCUGUUUGGAGGCCUCAUCAAAGACGUGAUGCGGCGUUAUCCUCAGUAUCUCAGCGACAUCCGAGAUGCUCUAAACCCUCAGUGUAUGGCUGCCAUUAUCUUUAUCUACUUUGCUGCACUGUCACCUGCCAUCACCUUUGGUGGUCUGCUUGGUGAGAAAACGGAGGGUCUGAUCGGCGUGUCGGAGCUGAUAGUGGCCACUGCGUUGCAGGGCAUUGUGUUCAGUGUGCUGGGAGCUCAGCCGCUGCUGGUGAUCGGCUUCUCCGGACCGCUGCUUGUAUUCGAAGAGGCCUUCUACACUUUUUGUAAAGUUAAUGGGAUCGAGUAUCUGACGGGUCGGGCAUGGAUCGGUCUCUGGCUGGUGCUCAUCGUUGUCCUUACCGUGGCCUUCGAGGGAAGCAUACUCGUUCGCUUUGUUUCACGCUUCACACAGGAGAUCUUCUCCUUCCUGAUCUCUCUCAUUUUUAUCUAUGAGACCUUCGCCAAGCUGAUCAAGAUCUUUCAGGAGCAUCCACUCCAUAACUGUUACCAUGGAAACAACACUGAAUCUCCAUCUCACUGCAACUACACUAUGGCCACCGGGAAUCCUGGGAAAGUUGUUGGAGAACCGAACACUGCUCUGCUGUCAUUGGUCCUCAUGGCAGGAACGUAUUUCAUCGCCUUCUACCUUCGCAAGUUCAAGAACAGCUCCUUCUUCCCUGGAAGGCUCCGUAGGAUCAUCGGAGACUUUGGGGUCCCCAUUGCCAUCCUCAUCAUGGUGCUGGUGGACUACAGCGUGCAGGACACCUAUACUCAGAAACUGAACGUGCCCAGCGGAUUCUCGGUGUCCAGUCCAGAGAAGCGAGGCUGGGUGAUUUCCCUUCUGGGGUCGGACGGGCAGUUUCCAGCCUGGAUGAUGGGCGCCAGCAUCCUGCCAGCCAUACUCGUCUUCAUUCUCAUCUUCAUGGAGUCCCAGAUAACAGCGUUGAUCGUGAGUAAGAAGGAGAGAAUGCUGGUGAAGGGAACCGGUUUUCACGUGGAUCUUUUAAUCAUCGUGGUGGUGGGCGGAGUCUCGGCUCUGUUCGGCCUGCCCUGGCUGUCGGCCGCCACAGUUCGGUCUGUGACUCACACCAAUGCCCUGACCGUCAUGAGUAAAGCCGUUGCCCCUGGAGACAAGCCUCGCAUCCAGGAGGUGAAGGAGCAGAGGGUGACGGGCUUCUUGGUGGCGUUUCUAGUAGGUCUGUCCAUCGUCAUCGGCGAAGUUCUGCGUCAGAUCCCGCUGGCAGUCCUGUUCGGGAUCUUCCUCUACAUGGGUGUGAUGUCCCUGAAUGGGAUCCAGCUCACGGAGCGACUCAUCCUGCUGCUGAUGCCCCCAAAAUACCACCCCAACCACAACUACGUCCGCAAGGUGCGGACUUUGAGGAUGCACCUUUUCACUCUCGUCCAGCUGACGUGUCUGGCUCUGCUGUGGGUCGUCAUGGCGACAGCGGCAGCGCUGGCCUUCCCCUUCGUGCUGCUGCUGACCAUCCCUGUGAGGAUGCUGCUGCUGCCCCGCCUCUUCUCCCGCCGAGAGCUGCAGAGCCUAGACGCUGAUGACGUGGAGCCCACUCUGGAGGAGAAGGAGGGGCAGGACGAGUACUCCCAGCUGCAGAUGCCUGUGUGAGCGGGAACCGCGUGGUGAUUGGUGGCUCCGCCCCUCUGUAGAGUUUCAAGUUUCGUACGCCUGGGUUUCUGUUUGCAGAGCGUCUUCCUGUUGUAAAGCUUGCACUAACAGUUCUCUGUGUCAG